CCCAACUCUGCUGUGAGGAGCCGUCCUGUGGGACCAUGGGAACAUCGACGCUGGGGAAGGCAGCCCCCCUCAACAUGCUACUGGAUGCCUGCAUCCAGGCUUUUAAUGACAAUGGGGAGUUGCAGUCCAACCCGCUCCCUCGCACUCUGCUGCUGAUGCAUCGCUGGUAUGUCACGUCCACAGAGCUGGCCGGGAAGCUGCUCGUGAAAUACCGUGACUGCCAGGGAGAUGAGUUCCAAAGAACGAGACUGAAGAUCUGCUAUUUAAUGAGGUACUGGAUUACGGUGUUUCCUGCAGAGUUUAACCUGGACAUGGGCCUUAUACGCCUCACUGAGGAGUUCAGAGACGUGGCGGCUCAGCUGGGCUGUGAGGAACACUACAAACUCAUUGACAUCUCCACCAUCCCGUCAUAUGACUGGAUGAGAAAGCUGACCCAGAGGAAGAAGCAGGCCAAGAAGGGCAAAGCCUCACUCCUCUUUGACCACCUCGAGCCCAUGGAGCUGGCAGAACACCUCACGUUCCUGGAGUACAAGUCCAUCAGGAGGAUAUCAUUCACAGACUACCAAAGCUAUGUGAUGCACGGAUGUCUGGUGGACAACCCAACGCUGGAGCGCUCCAUCGCCCUGUUCAACGGAGUCUCCCAGUGGGUUCAGCUCAUGGUGCUCAGUAAGCUGACACCCCAACACCGUGCUGAGGUCAUCACCAAAUACAUCAAUGUGGCCCAGAAACUCCUCCAACUGCAGAACUUUAAUACACUGAUGGCCAUGGUUGGAGGUCUGAGCCACAGCUCAAUUUCCCGUCUGAAGGAGACCCACUCUCAUCUAGCACCCGAGGUCAACAAGAUCUGGAAUGAGAUGACGGAGCUGGUCUCCUCCAAUGGGAACUACUGUGCUUACCGCAAGGCCUUCACAGACUCCGAAGGCUUCAAGGUCCCCAUCCUGGGAGUCCACCUGAAGGACCUGAUCGCCGUGCACGUGGUCUUCCCCGACUGGCUGGACGACAACAAGGUGAACAUCGUAAAGAUGCAGCAGCUCUACCUCACCUUCAACGAGCUGGUGUCCCUGCAGAGUGCUGCAGCCCAGGUGGAACCAAACAUGGACCUCAUCUACCUGCUCACUCUCUCUCUAGAUCUUUACUACACUGAAGAUGAGAUAUAUGAGCUAUCCUUGUUAAGGGAACCACGGAACCCAAAGUCUUUGCCUACUUCUCCAACAACCCCCAACAAGCCAAUGGUCCCUCUGGACUGGGCAUCAGGUGUGACAACCAAACCUGACCCCAAUGUGGUGAACAAGCACAUCAGGAAGGUGGUGGAUUCUGUAUUCAGGAACUACGACCAUGAUCAUGAUGGCUACAUCUCUCAGGAGGACUUUGAAAGUAUUGCUGCCAACUUUCCUUUCUUGGACUCUUUUUGUGUGUUGGACAAGGACCAGGAUGGCCUGAUUAGUAAGGAUGAGAUGAUGGCUUACUUCCUGAGGGCCAACCCCUUGCUCCAGUGUAAAAUGGGCCCUGGUUUCAUCCACAACUUUACGGAGAUGACGUAUCUGAAGCCUACCUUCUGCGAGCACUGUGCUGGAUUUCUCUGGGGAAUAAUCAAACAGGGAUACAAGUGCAAAGAUUGCGGUGUGAACUGCCAUAAGCAGUGCAGAGACCUGUUGGUCCUGGCCUGUAGGAAGCUGCCGUGUUCCACCUCUUUGCAAAGUGUCUCCCCUGGAGGCCUGACCCACAGCUCUCUACCCAGCAGCCCCACCAUGCCCACCUUCAAGGAUGAGGACGAGAUGUUUGAGUUCCCCUCGGUGACACCUGGAGGUUCUGACCUGGAGAACAAGUCCAUCACCCUGAUGACGUGCUCAGCCCAGCGGAUCUCUGUGGGUUUACAGCGGGCCACCACCAGCCAGGCCACGCAGACAGAGCACCUGUGGUCAGAGCACACCUGGGGGGCUGGGGAUGGGGGCUCCCACACCUUCCCCAAGAUGAAGUAUCGACCACACCGGCAGGCCUCCAAGAGCAAAGGCUUUGCCCGCUGGGAGAACGAGGCCCAGGAGGAGCCCAGGGGUCGGCGGGAAUCCCAGGAGCAGACGGACAGACCUGCAGAGGCGGUGCAGAACGGGAUAACACCACACAGAAAGAAGGACAGCUGACUUGGAGACACCAAGGGCCGAACCCAGGGCUCCAGGAGGCCCUUGGAAGCCCGCAUCAGGAAGCUCUCCUCACUGGGUGAAGUACUUGGCUGCUUGAGGCCCUCGUUUGGUGACCUGGAGUAGGAUGGACAGGUGUUCAGUGAACCACAUAUGAAUACUGAUGUUUAAUCCCGAACCAGGGAUGUGAGUGAUGGGACUGAAAAAGACCUUGUCCUCAAUGCUCCCCAGCUCUACACACCCUGCCUUCACAAUUCAUCAGUGUCAUUGGAAAAGGAUCCUGGACUACUUACAGUACAUGUGAUUUAGGUUUGUUGGGGCUCACCAGUGUUUGACUGACGGAACGUAAAUGAGCGGGUGUCCACCUGUGCCUGUAUGAAUGUCGGAGCAUGUACAUGCUUCCUAUUGAAUUUAUGUGUCGUCUGUGGAGCACAUAUGUGUGUUAUCUACUGUUGAUUUGCUGAAAAAAAUUAAGUUAUUUGGGUCAUGUGGCUUAGUUGCAAUAAUGUAUCAUGUUUGAUUGACAUUUUGAGGACACUGUGAAUGUUUUAUGAUGGACUGGGUGGGGGAUGCAAAGUGAGAAUGCAUUUGGAGAUGUGAGAAAGCAUUAAUAAGAGAUCAGGAUGUAAAGCAAUAGAAAGUUAAAGGUGAAGAUGAAUAUGAGGGAAAAAGUGGCAGGUACAUUGUUUCUAAGGGUAAUGGAUUAAAAGUGGCAUGACAUGUGGCAUGACAACUGAUGGUCAUUUAUGAGCCAGUUCUAUAUCUUAGUCUGGAAUACAAGAAAUGGUACUUGUUGUGUUAGCAUGAGGAAAAGAACAAUACAACCACUGAGAGUUGUGUUAUAAAUUUAAGGAAAAGUUGUCUUUUGGUUAGUCAAGAAAGCGUUAUUGUUUUCAGUCUUAUUAUUUCAAAAGGGAUUUGAACUCUGUAUCCACUCAGGACAAUGAGGUAAACUACAGAUACUUUACGUUUAUUUAUGGGUUUAGGUAUGUGAUAUUUCAUAUCGUCAGGCGAUUCAAUGUUUAAAGUAUUCUGGUUAUUUCAAAGCCUUGCAGGCUGAAUAUGUGAAUAUGGGUCAACAAUGUUUCUCAUUGUCCACAUAAAUAGAGACACCAUUUGAGUGACCUUUGACCUAUUUUCAUCAGCUGAAGAAUCAAGCCUGUUGCAUUCAGGCAGAGGUAAUGGAAUCUCCACUAAGCCUUCAGUCAGUUACGCACUGAUUACGCACUUGCUUACAGUGGCACCAGGUGUGAGCCUAGGUGCUUGUGCUGUGGUUGCCAGGCAUCAGUUGAGUGAGCAGGUAAGUUCCUCCAUCACCAAGGAUACAGCAGGUUACGUAAGGGGAGAGAGUUUAUUUUCAUCUGUAGAGAGACUUCUUGUAAGGCCUCAAGGUAGGGACAAGUAGGUACGGGCAGGUGAGUUUGACAUGGAGGUCUCUGUAAUGACAAUAGUGUCUGACCUUCUGUUCGACAAAGUAAGACAGAGCCAAGAACAGGACUGCAGGGUCAGAGGACUCCAUGUUGGGGGAGGAGCAUGGGGGUAAUAUUGUGUAUAUUUGCAAGAGACAUACAAGGCUUCAUAUACAAGAGCUAAAAAGGUCCAAUGCAGACGUUUUUUUUCUUCUCAACAUCAAAUCAUUUUUGUGUAACAAUUAAGUACCUCACUGGGAUUGUUUUCAAUUAAAAUGGUCAAAAAGAAACGCAUA